UGUCCGCGCAGGCUCAGUCGAGCUCUCUUCUCUCCCGGCAGGAAGAUGGUGUCUGUCAGGAUGCAGUCGUGUGUGUUGUCAGUUUUACUUCUGAACGUUUUCUCCAGCGUCGUCUCCUCUUUGUACUUUCACAUCGGAGAGACCGAGAAGAAAUGUUUCAUAGAGGAAAUCCCGGACGAGACGAUGAUUAUCGGUAACUACCGGACUCAGCUGUAUGAUAAACAGAGAGAAGAGUACCUGCCGGCCACUCAGGGUCUGGGGAUGUUUGUGGAAGUCAAAGAUCCCGAUGACAAGGUGAUUCUGUCCCGGCAGUACGGCUCCGAGGGAAGGUUCACCUUCACAUCGCACACACCUGGAGAACAUCAGAUCUGUCUGCACUCCAACUCCUCCAAGUUCUCCCUGUUCGCUGGAGGCAUGCUGAGGGUUCACCUGGAUAUCCAGGUGGGCGAACACGCCAACAACUACGCUGAGAUCGCUGCCAAAGACAAACUGUCGGAGCUGCAGCUGAGAGUCAGACAGCUGGUGGAGCAGGUCGACCAGAUCCAGAAGGAGCAGAACUACCAGAGGUACCGUGAGGAGCGUUUCCGUCAGACCAGCGAGAGCACCAACCAGCGGGUCCUCUGGUGGUCCAUCGUCCAGACCCUCAUCCUGGUGGCCAUCGGUAUCUGGCAGAUGAGACACCUCAAGAGCUUCUUCGAGGCCAAAAAACUGGUGUAACUUUUCUCCUGGGGGAGAGUAUGAGUCUGUCUGUGUGUGUGUGUGUGUGUGUGUGUGUGUGUGUGUGUGUGUGUGUGUGUGUGUGUGUGAUUGAGUGUGUUUGGUCUCUACUGAUUGAUGCAGUACUGAGUGGUGGCGCUCGCUGCUGAGGAGACGGGACGCAGAGAAAUCCAGCUGCAAGAUUCGGCUUGAAAACAACAUCUGUAGAUUAUUAUUAUUACCAUUACUGUUCUCAUUGUUUUCCUCACCAGCCCUGUUUGUAAUGAGCCCCUCACAUUUGCAGUAGACUAUCAGGGAAAAUGUGACAACUCUAUUUAUUAACCAGAUAGGUUUUCUUCUGCAGAUACGUACUUGUCCUGUUGAAGCCACAAAACUAAGUUCUGCAGCACCGGGACAAACGAACUAAACCAGUCGACGUCUAGUCGCAUAUUUGAUGUUUUUUUUAAAUUGAUUUGCCCUUUUUUUUCCGUGUUACUCAUUGUGACGAGUGCGUGAUUUGUUACUGGCCACUAGAGAUGUUGUUCAGAGUCGUGCACGAAGAAGCAGCUGAUCGAUUUACGUGAAAUAUCAGUUUGAAGCAAAUGCAGUUUGCCCUCUGAAUGACAGCAGAAGGAACAAUCUGGAUUCGUCUGUAAAAUAAUUGAACAGUUUUGUGAUACAUUUUCUGCAUUUUACAGCACGCAGAAUUAUUAAGUUCUGAUUUCACACAACAGCGUGAACGUAACUUAAAACAGCAACACUCAAGGACAUUACUGUGUUGUUCAUGUUGAGAUGGUGGCAGAAAAAAUGGCGGCUUUAUUAGUUUCUCCUCCAAACUUUCCUUCAUUGUUGUUUUUGCUGAGUCUGCUGCACGUCCUGAUGCACUGCCCCCCACUGUUCACGGGAUCAACUGCAUCUCGUACAAAUGAGUGUUCAUUUCUGAGGACGUCAGAUACUAAUGCUACAAGGAUCGCAGGCUUUGUGUGGUAGCCGUGAACUUGUCGUUAAAAGUAAGCAUAUCGGAGCUCUGAAUUGCGCCGCCAGCUGUUAAAUAUUAAAGCAGAAUAUAAAUACGGUCGGCGUCCGGACUGAUUUCGGACCUCUGUACGGCUCCUGACUCGUUUUUUUCACGUCGUCAGAAUUUGGGCUUCAACACGGAUUUGAAAUACCUGAAGAAGUGGAUCCAAACAACAAGGAAGAAGCACCAGUUUGUUUCCACCCACAGAAGCAGGUGCUCUGUCGUACGACUUUGGGUGUCGGUGUACGCGGAUCCUCGCAGAUAUGGGCACGUGACAAAAUUCACGUUAUGCGAACUCUUGCGGCCACGCAGAUGUGUAAAGUAUAAUUUGCGCUGUGGUUGGUAAAAAAUCUUCAUCGUUUAUGAGGUGAAAUAUCGAUCGAAGCACGGCUGAAACUUUAAGUGACAACAUUGGUCUCAGUUCCCGGCUCAGUGAAAUCAACCGAAGGAGACUGUUUUCUGUUUCUCACUGCGUUCGAGUGAAUCUGCUUUUUUGUUUUUUUACUGUGUCCAAACUGAAUGUAUGUUUCUGUUCAUCUGAUUCUGGCUUGGUGUUGGUUUGCUGGUGGAGGCGUAGAAGGAAUAUUCUGAAUCGUCCGGCGUCGAUCAUUUGGCACCGUUCAAACGCUGCCGUUGACUUUCUUUAAUCCGCCGGGGGUGAAAACAAACAGGGAUGUUCAGAGGGAACUUUUAGUUCCUGAGAUUAGUUCCUCUGGUUCCAUAGUUCCUGUAACCUUCUGGUAGAAAAGGGGCUUUAGACGUAGAAGCGUCCAUUAAUCCUAACAGAUGAGAGAGCUGGCUUGAUAGCUUUUAUUAGUCGCGUCCAUUUGCUCCAGCACCCAGUAUGGAUCUCUGUCUAACUUUGAAUUAAGCUGACCGUUUUCUUUCACAAGAAGCAUCACGCGCUGUGUCUCCUGCAUUAAAGGAAUAUCAGUCAGGAGUCGAACAAAACAGCCUUCUGCUCCCUGCUGGCAGCGCUUGUCACUGAGUUCUCUGACUAAACGUUUAACUGAUGACUUGGCAAAAAGCUAAAAAGCCACGGUGAGUGGAUCUACUGAGGAAACGCGUCACCACCCGGCCGGUGUUCACCUCGAGGUUUCUCACUUUUCAGGUAUCGAAACAACAAAAACACGCAUCGCAAACUGUCGUGUAAGGUCGAAUUCUGUCCUCAGACUCGGACAGAGCCAAACGCCAAAACCACAAAGACCUGCAUCGCUAAAUGUUCAGCUUCCACGUGAUUUUUCUUCAGUGAGAAAUGAGCAGUGAAAUGGUUUUAAAUCCUCUGAAGUUAAAUCUGAACCUGAAAAAUGUCCGUCAGCUGUCAGAUUUUAAAGAAGCUUUGGAGAAAGACGGCCGGUGUUACACGCCGUCAGUCCAUUCUUACUUUUAGGUUUUUACCUCUUCAGCUAUUAAGAUUUUGUUCCUUCCUUAUUUUCUGGUGGUUUGUUUUAAACAGUUUAAUGUUGCUGGUAGAUUUCCGAAAUGUUUUCCUGGGUGAGAAUUUAAAUCAGUUGUUUAAGGCUGGAAGAGGGGCUUGAAUUUAUUUUUAUUUUAGAGAAAUUCUGUCCGUGAGAAAUCUGUCUAAAACUGCACUCGAAAUAAAGUUUUGUCACAUUUGGUUUAAA